UAACACAGCGAAAUAAAAAGCAAAAAAACGGGAAAUCGGUCGGUUGGACGCGGAGUGUGCAUUUUCUGAAUCUGUGAACAAAAAAAGUUGGUUGGUGCUGCGCGCGUGUAAUCGAAUUUUAUAGAAUCAUAAAGGAAACAACGGAUACUUGGGGCCAAUAUUAAACUUUUUAAACGUUUUGACAUUUUAUUACUAAUACUUACAUUUUAUUCGAUAGCGCGCGCGCGGUAUAAUUUCCCACGUAAAAACCCCAAAAAUCACAACAAAAAGAAAAAGUUAAAGACGUUACCAACGUUACGCACGCGUACAAUUACAAUUUACACACAAAAAUACAAAAAGUUCAAAGUGUCUUGAUAUGCCGAAAAUGCAGACCUAAGUGAAAGUGCAAACAAAUCGAAUAAAAUCAAGUAAAGAAAAUCAAAUAGCUGAAUUUAGGAAAUUUUAUGUGCAACUACCUGUUCUGCAACAACUACAAAUACAGCAAGUACAACAACAAGAAAACCUAACUGUUGCGCUCCGCCGGCUAUCUCCGUCUCCCUCCCUCCUACUCGCGCGUGUGGGUCUGUUCGUGUGUGUGUGUGUGUUUUCACCAUUCAAUUGUUGUUGUGGCUUUUCGCCAAGUGCAAAUAAUUCGUUUCUUUUGUUUUUAACCAAAUUCAUGUCCCGUUAACCGUUCAAGUCAGUCGUCUGCUCCAAUUGGAUAAGCAAAUAUAUUUCAACAGUUGCAGUUAUUUUUUCCCAAAAAUGGCUCCUAUGCCCCGAAUCCAGUUACCUAAUGGCAAUGCUUCGAUAAAGGCCAGUACAAAUAAUUUUCUCUUCGCGGAGACAAUGUCAGGCGAUAGUAGUCCCACCCCCAGCAGUCCGCCCUCUAGCACAGCGGGAGUUGCCAAAUCUCAGUGUUCAUCGCUUUCGGAUGGCGAAUCCUUUGAGGGCUAUGGCGAAAAUGAGUAUCCCACCCAACUUCGAGAAGGUCGCAGCACCAAUUCCAAUGGGAGCAACAACAACAGCAACCUUAUUAACAACAAUAAUAAUAAUCUCAGCGUGGGCAAUACCAGCUCUCAGCACAACCACAGUGGACACUCGAACGACGGAAAUAACAAUUUAAAUGGCAGCACUGGUAUCGAACUCGAUUUGGCCCCGCACGUCGGUUCAUCAACACCCCAAGAUGAUGAUGAACUAAACAUAAUGCCGCGGGACAAUUGGGCCAGGCGCAGUCUGAGACGAACUCCCACCAGCAAUCCUGAUAGUUUAUCCCAGCGUCGUUGGGGAUCCAUGAGACAUUCCGGUCGCAGGCAGAUUAGUUCUAAUGCCUUAGCCAGCCAACUCUAUAGAUCAUCGAGCUUCAACUCAUCGGGCCGUAGCUCUAACUGUGAUACAACCGAAGACAUGUACAGCGACAUAAGUUUGGAGAAUCGACAUGACUACGAUUAUAGGCUGGAACUGCUGCAGCGCAAGGUGGACGAUCUGUCGGAUACGCAGAACAUAGCUGAAGAUCGGACCACUCGCACCAAGACCGAAUAUGCUGUGCUCCAGGCCCGAUAUCACAUGCUCGAGGAGCAGUACCGAGAGUCGGAACUGCGUGCCGAAGAGCGUUUGGCCGAGGAGCAGAAGCGGCACCGCGAGAUCCUGGCUCGAGUGGAGCGCGAAGCAUCGCUGCAGAACGAGAACUGCCAGAUGAAGAUCCGGGCCACCGAGAUCGAGGCAUCGGCACUGCGUGAGGAGGCCACUCGAUUGCGUGUCCUGUGCGACAAGCAGGCCAACGACCUUCAUCGCACCGAGGAGGAACUUGAGCUGGCCCGCGACCAAAUUAGCGUUCUGCAGCAGGAGCACGAGGAGCAGGCGCAGGCUUUGCGUCGCCAGGAGCAGGAGAAAAAGAACGCCGAGGAUCUGAUGGUGGAGCUGGGCAGUGAGCUGCAGCGGGCCCGCGAGGAGAGUGGAGCCCGGGCGAUGCCAACCACAUCGCCGGAGAGCAUAAGACUGGAGGAGCUGCACCAGGAGCUCGAGGAGAUGCGCCAAAAGAAUCGAUCACUCGAAGAACAGAACGAGGAGCUUCAGGCCACGAUGCUGACCAACCAGGCCACCAUGCUGACGAAUGGCGUGGAGCAGGGUCGCCAUCUGCUGAACGGAACCCUGAAUAGUUUGGCCCAGGAGCUGGAGGAGAUGUCACAAGCCCAGGAUUCUGUGGAUUCAGCCACAUUAGCAUCCUUAAGUCAGCUGCAACAGGCCUUCCAGGAAAAGGAGGACGAGAAUGUUCGACUCAAGCACUACAUCGAUACCAUUCUACUCAACAUCGUGGAGAACUAUCCUCAAUUACUGGAGGUUAAGCCCAUGGAGCGAAAGUAAAGCAGCCAACCGGAAGAAAAAACCAAUCCCUAGGCACUCGAUAGAGUACCACAACCACCUAACAUCAACUAAAAUGAAUAAACUAACUGAACUUUACUUUAUGUUAACUUUUUAAGCUACACUCUAUACAUGUAUUUAUGCCUAACUUAAGUCGUAAUUUAUUUUAUAACAAUUUAAUGUAGAUUUUUAAACCAAAACAACACAGAGAACACAAAGAUUGCAUGUCAAAAUGAUGAGAAAGUCCUUAAUUCGAUUAGAGAAUGUUUUGUAUAAAGAGAGUCUAAAAUUGUGUAAAAGUUUAUUUUCCUUCGUUUCUAGUUUGAGUUUUGUAUAGUACGUGUUGUUGAUCCCUAAAGAUAUUACUUAUAAAUAUUGUUAGAUCCUAAGUCUAAAAAACUGGUUUAAUCUUAAAUGAAAUGCAACCCGAUAAUUUAUUGAUAA